CUUUCUCAAAAUCAAAUGCCUAGAUUCUUCAAAUGUUUGUGGCGGCAAAAUUCAGUGAGAAGGGCCAAUCAUUGGCCCUAACAGGAGGGAGAAGAUCAUCACAAUCUUCUACCUCUUCUUCUAUUACAAAAACCAUCUGCUUUUGUGCAAUUUGUAAAUCUCAUCAAUCGUAUUGGUUUGCGGUUAAUAUUUCCUUCGAAGCUGAAGAAGAGUUGGAGAGCAGAACAAAGGGAAGAGACCCAGAUGAAGAAGACUUGAUGGCCCGCUUCUGUGGACGUCAUCAUCACCACUUUGAUGGUGUGACUUAUGGAGAUGCAGUGCCCAGAUGGGUGGCUCGUUGGAUUCGUGUAGCAGAACCAGGAAAUGUCCUCAAAAACCAUCACCAGCGGCAACAACAAUAGCGAUCCAGGGCUUCACGAAUUCCUUGCGAUGAGUCCAAAGUUGUGAGGACCCGGCAAUGCCAAAUAUGAUGUGUUUCAGUGACAACUCCUCUUCUUUGUCCUUCUUUUUCGUUUCGAAAAGGCUGGAGAUGUCGAAAAUAUCUUGAAGGACGACUGAUGAGAUGAAGGCAUACAAGUGUUUUAAGUUCUUUUCAAUUUUUAAUGUGAGGAAGAUUGUGAUUGUGAGUCAUUUAGUUGCUGGGUUCCAUGAUUUUUGCAUUUCAACAUUGUUGUUGAUGCUGCAAAGAUUGAUGUCCCGAAGUUUUAAAUAAAGAUUGUAUUAGUGGUAUUUAGUUGUGGGCAAGAUUGUACUAGUGGUAUUUGGUUGUAGGCUUGCUGCUAACUUGGAGGAAUUGGUUCUGAUGUGAAUUGUUUAUGUGGUUUUGGCAUAGUUGUUCUGAUGUGAAUUGUAGCUUUUAGUUAUUGUAUUUGCAAAUAAUUUUUGUGUUUAUAGAUGAGGUUCAUCUUUUUGUUUGGGUGUUUGGAUCUCAUUGUAAAUUUUGUUCAU